CCGUUCACCUGUUCCCCAGAUCACCGUAAUCCCUUUUCUCUCUCUAAAAUCUCCAUUUCUUCGUUCCAUAAACCUUUGGAAGUCAACUUUCCUUCCUUUGAAGACGCGAAUCUCCUUCCUUUCUCCUUAGUCCUCUUAUUGAGGCCUCCUCUUCCGCGUCGCCGUGUUGGGGGGAAAUCAACUCCAACAUUCGCCUUUCAUCGAUGUCUUCAUAAACGAUCUCAAUCUUCUACCUCAUUUGUAAGAUAAUCGGUUAUAUUCAUCCGUUUGCAAAAUGGCAUUUUCUCAAUGGGUUUUGAUUCUACCCAUGUUUAUUUGCCUUUUGGCAUCUGGGUCAUUGUCGAUGGAAGAUUUUCGAAGAGCAUUCCCUAUUGUGGAACCUGAUCCUGGCCAUACAAAGCUUCGUAUUUCAAUGGAAGGGUUGGAGGCCAUUGAGAGAAUUACCACACCCAUUGCUGCUGUUGCUGUUAUUGGUCCAUAUCGUUCAGGAAAAUCUUUUCUGCUGAAUCAACUUCUCUCUCUUUCCUGUUAUGAAGGAUUUGGUGUUGGGCACAUGCGUGACACAAAAACAAAAGGAAUUUGGGUGUGGGGUGCUCCAAUGGAAUUGGAAUUUGAGGGAGAAAAAACUUCAGUUUUCUUCCUUGAUACAGAGGGGUUUGAAAGUAUUGGGAAAUCAAAUGUAUAUGAUGAUCGGAUAUUUGCUCUGGCAACAGUGUUGAGUUCUGUCCUCGUUUAUAAUCUGCCUGAAACGAUUCGUGAGGCAGAUAUUUUUCGAUUGUCAUUUGCUGUUGAGCUUGCAGAAGAGUUCUAUGGAAGAGUGAAGGGGAAAGAUGUUGCCUUUGAACCUGCUAAACUGUUGUGGCUUAUACAACGCGAUUUUCUUCAAGGGAAAUCUGUACAAGAGAUGGUAGAUGAAGCUCUUAGGCAUGUCCCAAAUUCAAAUGGUGACAGAAACAUUGAUCAGGUCAACCAGAUACGGGAUUCAUUGGCUAUCAUGGGUGACAACAGCACAGCUUUUAGUUUACCUCAACCUCAUCUACAACGUACAAAGCUUUGUGAUAUGAAGGAUGGUGAACUUGACCCUAGUUAUGUUAAGAAGAGAGAAGAAUUGAAGAAACUCGUUACUUCUUCUAUACGUCCAAAAAUUGUGCAGGGAAAACAUCUUAAUGGAAAGGAGUUUGUUUCUUUUCUGAAGCAGAUUCUUGAGGCUUUGAAUAAAGGAGAGAUUCCAUCAACGGGCUCACUUGUGGAGGUCUUCAACAAGGAUAUUACGGAGCGAUGUCUGAAGUUUUACAGUGAUCAAAUGGGUAACCUGAAAUUACCCCUUCCAGAGAAAUAUCUGGAAAAAGAUCAUCAAGAAAAUAGAGGAGAAGCCAUGAAAAUGUUUGAUGAACAACAUUUUGGCCGAAAUCAUGCAAAGAAAUCUGUUGAGAAGCUGGACGAAGAAAUCGAGAAGGUCCACAAGAAUUUUGUAUUGGCAAAUGAAUACCAGUCCUCAAGAUUGUGUGAAUCAUUGUAUACCAAAUGCGAAGAUACGAUGGAUCAACUUCAAAUCCUUAGACUUCCUUCCAUGGCAAAAUUUAACGCAGGCUUUCUCCAGUGCAAUCAGAGCUUUGAGAGUGAGUGUGUCGGGCCUUUGAAAAACAGUUACGAAAAUCGGAUGAUGAAGAUGUUGGACAAGUCGAAAUCUUUGUUUAUUAAGGAAUACAAUCACCGACUUUUCAACUGGUUGGUGACAUUCUCGCUGGUUAUGGUUGUGAUAGGGCGGUUCCUAAUAAAGUUUAUUUUGCUUGAAAUUGGAGCAUGGAUACUCUUUAUAUUCUUGGAGACAUAUACAAGGUUGUUCUGGUCGCCAGAAUCACUUUAUUACAAUUCAGUUUGGCAUGUUAUUGUAACAACAUGGGAAACACUUGUUUACAGCCCCAUCCUUGAUUUGGACAGGUGGGCCAUUCCAAUUGGUGUGGUUUUAUCUGUGUUUGCUCUUUAUUGGAGGUGUUUUGGAAGAAGGAAACCUGGGCAGCAUUGGCUUUUGCCUAUGUACAACAACAAUCAGAAGGAUCGUCGAAGAUCAGAAUAGGUGGUAACAAACAACCCAUCAUUCCAUUAUUUAGUUGCACAUUAGACGAGUUUUUUUUUUCAUUUAGAUGUCAAGCAUACGCCAUGGCCCAUAAGCUGAAUGUUGUGUACCCAUAAGAAAACCUCAAAGUGGAGAGUGGGUUGAAGAAAGGUUGGCGAAGAUAUUUUGUUGUACAAUCAAAUGGAAUAUAUUGUUCAAGGAUGGAAUCAAAUACUUAGAACAUGUUCAGGAAGAUCUCAUUAACUGAUGUGAAAGCAGUGUUUAGUUGUUGGUUCAUAGUUUCUUUUGUUCGAUUCUUUUCUUUCUUUCUUUCAUCUUUUGUUUUGUUUUGUUUUGUUUGAUCUAAUUGUAACAAUAUAUGGUUAGUGGGGAUAUCAGGCCUAUGUUAAUUAUUGAAUGCAAGGAAUUCUGAAAUGGUAAUGGAGUCUUGUUAUAUUUGUUCUUA